AUAUCCUCACAAAUCAGCAACGACGUGUUAUUUCUAGCUUCUUGCUAUGUCAAAUUGUACAUAUGGGAACAGUACAAUUUUACCCCCCUUAACCCUCUAUAUAACAAAGUGAGCUAACGUACCAAAUAUACCAUCAGUCCAACACAUCAACAAGAAGAAACUAUUAUGGCCAAGUCUAGAACCACAAGUACUUGCAAGAAGAAUAAGAGCACUGUGAAGCUCAAAAUUGUAGUGGAAAAGCUACGAAGAAGUCUAUCUUUGGGAAGAUCAAAAUCGUCAAAUUAUUCCGAUGGCGACUCAACGACUGUGCCGGAAGAUGUUAAGGAGGGCCACUUUGCUGUGAUUGCGGUGGAAGGAGAUGAACCAAAGAGAUUUGUGGUGGCAUUGAGUUACUUGACACACUCAACUUUCUUGAAGCUAUUGGAGCAAGCAGCUGAGGAGUAUGGUUUUGUUCACGAAGGAUUAGACGAUCGGCAAUGGCAGGAGGAAGAAAGAGGCUCAUCUAGUGAUGUUAACUGGGGUUAUUAUAAAUCUAUGGUACGGAACUGGUUUUUUUAAUUUUGGUGAGGCUGUAUAAGUUAGUCUCUCUGCCAUAUUUUACAUUUUGUUUGAGUAAAUUGUUUUUGUUUCUCAAUAUAGAGGGUAAAUUUAUCCAUCGGCAGAGGCAGAGGAGUUUUGACAUUGUUUACAUUAAUGUGGUGGACUUGUUAAUAUUCUCUAGCUUGCAAAAAGUGCUUAUGUGACACCAUUAUGCCAAUAAUUGGUUUAUUAUUAUGAAAGCUCUUAAGGAAUAA